AUCAGACCAGUAAACAUGUUCAAGGUAUUGUGUUAUUUUCUUCUAGUAGCAUCAGUUUGUGGUGUGCAGUUCGACAUCACGAACAGAGACGGUGGUGAGAUUUGGAUCGGCAUCCAGGGCAACAGUGGUAAGCCAACUUUGGAAAAUGGUGGAUUCAAAUUGGGAGUUGGACAAACGAGAACCGUUAACGCACCAGAUGAUUGGGCUGGAAGAUUCUGGUCCAGACAGUGGUGCAACAGUGGCACCGGGCAAUGUCUGGUUGGCAAUUGCAAUGGGGUGGAAUGCCAAGGAAGGGGUGGAAGUCCUCCAGUUACAUUGGUAGAAAUUACACUCAGAGGUUCCGACAACCAGGACUUUUAUGACAUCUCUUUGGUUGAUGGCUUCAGUUCUUUUGCCACGAUCCGACCUAUAAACGGUCAAGGAAACUGUAAAGCGAUCGAGUGCAGGGCCAACAUCAACAACGUCUGUCCCAACGAACUGAAAUUCAACACACCAGAAGGAGUGCUCGGUUGCAAAUCGUCCUGUUUGGAGUACAACACGGAUCAGUACUGCUGCAGAAACCAAUACGGUACCAGGGAGACUUGCAAUAUUGAUCAAUGGCCCAAUCCCAACUCGGCGAAACUCUUCAAGCAGCAGUGUCCCGAUGCCUACAGUUAUGCCUACGAUGACCCCAGCAGUAUUUUCACUUGUAGGGCUGACAAGUACGAAAUCACCUUUGGAGGUUAAUAAUGCAAUUAUUACGAAAUAUUAUCCAUUUUAGUGUCAAUUAGGUGUUACAAAUAAAUAUAUAGCUUGAUUCA